UUCAAUCACAAUUAUUAGUUAUUAAUUUUAAAGAUGCAUCUAUGUUUUUAGGAUUAAACUCAGAUGAACUCUCAUUGUACAACAAAUUGGAUAGUCAAGAGAAGAUGCUUUUUUUAAAUUUAAUUAAGAAUGCAAAAAAUGCAAAAAAUGCAAUUAAGGAAGCAAAAAAAAAAGGUAGAGAAGAAGGUAUAAAAGAAGGAAGAGAAGAAGGUAUAAAAGAAGAACGCAAAAAAGGA